AUGGGGGAGUGGUUAGACAGGACGAAAUGGAGGAGGCUGAAGAGGGGAGAGGGAGGGAGGGAAGUGACGACGAGGCUCGUGGUGCCGAGGCUGCAUGUUGGGUGUUUGAUGGGGAAGGGAGGGAAGAUUAUUGAGCAGAUGAGGAUGGACACGAGGACGCAUAUUAGGAUACUUCCGAGAGAUGAUUACACGCCAAGGUGCGUGUCCAUGGCCGAGGAGAUUGUUCAGGUUGUCGGAGAAAGUACUUGUGUGAAAAAAGCUGUAGAAAUAAUUUCAGCUCGUCUAAAGGAGAGUUUGCAUCGUGAUCGUGGUCCUUUUCGAAGAUUACAUUCACAAGAUUAUUUUCCACCUGACGAUGAGUAUGUUAGUGGUUCACAUCAUCAACCACCCGUGGAAGGACUUGAUUUAGAACCACGCUCUUCUCUAGGACAAAGUAGACCUAGGAACAUUACCUCUGGCUCACAUCCAUCUGGAUAUGCAUUUGAUAUGGAUGCUGAUUCCAUUAAUGAACGUCCACAAUUAUUGCCCUAUGAAGACCUUGUAUUCCGGAUUCUUUGCCCGAACAAUAAGGUUGAGGAUAUCAUGGGAGCAUCAGAUGGAAUCAUUGAAAUGCUUCAAAGUGAAAUUGGCGUAGAAGUGAGGGUUAACGAUUCUGUGCCUGGCUGUAGUGAAAGUGUUAUUAUCAUCACUUCGGAAGAGGGUCCAGAUGAUGAUCUUUUUCCUGCUCAGGAAGCUUUAUUGCAUAUCCAAACACACAUUGUAGAUCUUGGUCCUGACAAGGAUAAUGUCAUAACAACAAGGCUUCUGAUUCCAGCAAGUGAAAUUACAUGUCUGGAGGGAAGAGAUGGUUCAUUAUUAGAUAUACAGAGAUUGACGAAUGCUAAUGUGCAAAUAUUACCAAAGGAAGACCUUCCUCCUUGUGCAUUGGAGGCUGAUGAGCUCAUACAGAUUGUAGGGGAGAUAAGAGCUGCUCGCAAUGCUCUUGUCCAAGUGACUGCUAAAUUACGCAGUUAUCUUUAUCGUGACAUCUCCACUCGUGACGUUUCCACUCCGAAAGAUAUGCCACCCCCAUCUAUUUCGACACCAAACCAUGCUGUUAAUAUUGCUGGACCUGGAAGUGAUCUAGGUUCUGUUAAAAGUUCACCUCGUGAAGCAUACCAAUGCAAUGAGCCUCCCUCAUCAGUUAAUCAAAAUGUCAAUACAACACCUUUCACAUGGCAACAGAAGGAUAAUGGCGAUAGUUCAAGUGCAUCACUUGAGCAGAAAGAAAUUAAUGCUAAUGAUGAAGGAAGACAAAGUGCGAUUAAAAGAUUCAGUGCUCCAUUAGUUACUAAGAGUAUACUCGAAGUCGUUAUACCACAAAAUGCAGUUCAGAGCUUACUUAUGAGAUCAGGAAGCAAGCUUGUCCUGAUCAGUGAGAUGUCUGGAGCAUCCGUUAACUUAAUAGAAGAUCAACCGGAGCAGACUGAAAAGGUUGUACGAAUAUCUGGGACCCCAGAGCAGUCUGAGAGGGCUCAGAGCCUACUCCAGGGAUUUAUAUUAAGCACACAAGAUGACGUUCCAUCAAGCUAAAUAAGCGAUGGCCAUGCUGAAGUUUACUUCCUCAGGAGUACCAUUAACUUUCACACUCCGGAUCUGUUACUGGUUUUCCCUUCACCAGGUGAAUCAAGAUAUUGGUUCCCUAUCUCUCAUAUAGAAGGUACACAGGGCUUCCAUUUGGCUGCCAGCUUAGCUAGUACUAUUGCGUGUCAUUUACCAAUUCAACUGGCUAAAUUUAAAUGUAACCAUUAGAAUCCCUGACAUGCAUCUUUCUAUGUGACAACUGAACAAUAAUAUAGAAUGCUAUCAUCUGUAAAAGAUUCCUAUGAUGCCUAAGGUGGAUAUCUCCUUGAAACAUGCUAUGUAUAGCUCAUGAUUUGUCCGUGUUGA